AUGGCCAAUUCCUCCUCUGUCACUGAGUUCUUACUGCUGGGCUUCUCCAGCCUUGGGGAAUUGCAGCUUGUCCUCUUUGCGGUCUUUCUCUGCCUCUAUUUGAUUAUCUUGAGUGGAAACAUCAUCAUCAUCUCGGUCAUUCAUUUGGAUCACAGCCUCCACACACCCAUGUACUUCUUUCUAGGUAUUCUUUCUAUCUCGGAAAUCUUCUACACAAUUGUUAUUCUGCCCAAGAUGCUUAUCAACUUAUUCUCUGUACUCAGGACACUCUCCUUUGUGAGUUGUGCCACCCAGAUGUUCUUCUUCCUUGGUUUUGCUGUCACUAACUGUCUGCUUCUGGGAGUGAUGGGUUAUGAUCGUUAUGUUGCCAUCUGCCAGCCUUUGCAAUACACUGUUCUCAUGAGCUGGAGAGUAUGUGGACAACUGGUAGCAACUUGUAUUAUUAGUGGCUUCCUAAUAUCUCUGGUGGGAACAACUUUGGUCUUUAGCCUCCCUUUCUGUGGCUCCAACAAGGUCAACCACUACUUUUGUGAUAUUUCACCAGUUAUCCGUCUCGCCUGUGCUGACAGCUACAUCAAUGAACUGGUCAUCUUCAUCUUCGGGGUCUUGGUGCUUGUUGUGCCCUUGAUAUUUAUCUGCAUUUCUUAUGGCUUCAUUGUCCGCACCAUUCUGAAGAUCCCAUCAGCUGAAGGCAAACAAAAAGCCUUCUCCACCUGUGCAUCCCAUCUCAUUGUAGUCAUUGUCCAUUAUGGUUGUGCUUCCUUUGUCUACUUGCGACCCUCAGCCAAAUAUACUUCGGGCAAAGAUAGGCUGGUGACAGUAGCCUAUACCAUCAUCACCCCACUGUUGAACCCUAUGGUAUACAGCCUCAGGAACAAAGAUGUGCAGCUGGCUAUUCAGAAACUGAUUGGAAAGUCUGGGUUUUCUCUUAAGACUCUAUAA